UAAAGUUCUUCAAUUCUUCAAAGUGAACGCGUAAAGCUCUUUGGCGAAUUAUUCAACGUUGAGCAACAAUCAGUGGGUGUCAGUGAGACAGUGCUGUGCUGUAAGAAUUGUGUAUUUGAAAACGUAUGCCGCUUAGCUUAAUUACGCGAGCGGAUUAAAAUAUUAGAAGACUAAGCCAGUGCGAAUCCAACGAAGGCUAACUAGCGGCGUCAAGCAAAACUGUAUUCUUGGCAGUGUGCAGCACCUUUUUCCAUAUGUGCGCGUGCAUAUGUGUGAGUGUUUAUAUUUAUGCAUUCGAAACCUAAGCUUUUUAACGCGCUUAAUCACUACGUAAGCACUGUGCUAAUAUUUUCAAAUUGAUUGCGCCGGCGGCAAAAACAAUAAUUUUUAGUGGAAUGAGAAGAAGCAGCAAAGCAAAUUAAGUAGUGACAUAUGCAUGUAUUUACAAACAAAAGAAAAACAUUAUUUUCACCAAAUAGUGGCAAAAACUUUCCUAAAAAUAUAAAAGUGACAAAAAAUGCAAAAAUCCACAUAGACCAAUAAAAUAAUUAACCCACAAAACUAUAAAAAGUGAUGCGCAUAGUAUAAAUACAUAUGUAAAUCUGCAUUUGUAUUAAAUCAUCUUAAAAAAAUCGACGCGAAAAAAUCAUUCUUAUAGAUUUCAAACUCAAUAUUGCAUUGCUCCAGUCUGGUCGCACUCAUAAAUUUCCGAUUGUUUUCCGCAUUGCAGCGACGUCGCUCAAUUUGAUUUACGCGCUCCACAUACGACCCGUCGGCCAAUCGGCCCAUCGUCAGUGUGCAUUGGUAGUAAAUAAGUGAAACGAAUGAAAACUAUCCGAGUAUUUUUCACACAAAAAAGUUAAUGAAUUGAAAAGAUUUGGAAAUUUGUCAGACAAAUUGAUUAAUUACAAGUGGAUUAAACUUUAAAAGUUGUACGCCUUCUAAUCGCCGUAUAAAGAAGAUACCUCCCAGUUGUGACUCACGGCGCGAACAUCGAUCGACUUAACGACCGCACGACGCAGUACACAGCGUCCGCGUCAGUGCCUGCAAAUCUUGCAUCAACGUUAGACUAUACCGGCCUCACCACGACGACUACAUUUUUGCAACACUUCAAGGACGUCGUCACGACGAAGUUCUCUGGCAGAGACCAUCAUCUGCCACCACUGCAUCCGCAUCCACAUCCGCAUCAGCAGACGGCCGCACUGCAUCACCAUCAGCCACAUCAGGCUGUCGCACAAAGCUUUUCCACAAUUUUUCCCACAUACUUAGGCAUGGACCGCGCCGGCGGCGGCGGUGGUGCUGUCGCUGUUGGCGGUGGUCUCGGCGUGGUACCGAAUUCGGCUGGCGCCGGAGGCAGUGCAUUAAACGGCCUCGAAGCGAUGUCGGCCGAAUCGACUGGACUUUGUCUGCAGGAUUUAGUAAACGCCGGAACUGCAGCUGGUGCUGGUUCUGCGGGCUCAGCAGAGAGUGCCAAUACGACAAGCACUGCGCUAAGCAGUGGCAGUACUGGUAGUUCAACGGUAAAUGGCAGCUCUGGUUCUGGAACAGGUCAGGAUCAUUUACACAAUCACCACAGUCUACAUGACUCCAAUUCGUCGGUUAGCAUUUCACCCGCCAUUUCGAGUCUUAUGCCGAUCGGUAGUCUUAGUCAUUUGCAUCAUUCAGCGGGUCAGGAUUUGGUCAGUGGGUAUCCACAGCAUCCACAUCAUACUGUGGUGCCACCGCAUACGCCGAAGCAUGAGCCGCUCGAGAAACUAAGAAUUUGGGCCGAGACCGGCGAUUUUCGUGAUAGUCAUAGUUCCAUGACCGCUGUAGCAAAUAGUUUGGAUAGUACACAUUUGAAUAAUUUUCAAACAUCAUCAUCGUCAACGUUAUCGAACCGAAAUCGGGAUCGUAAGGAUGGUAAUCGUUCCGUCAAUGAGACCACAAUCAAAACCGAAAACAUAUCAAAUUCUGGUCAUGACGAACCGAUGACAACAACCACAGAUGAGCCGAAAAACGAUAAGAAAAACAAACGGCAACGCCGUCAGCGCACCCAUUUCACAUCGCAACAACUGCAGGAGCUGGAGCACACAUUCAGCCGCAAUCGCUAUCCGGAUAUGUCGACUCGCGAAGAGAUCGCCAUGUGGACAAAUUUGACCGAAGCUCGAGUUAGGGUGUGGUUCAAGAAUCGUCGCGCCAAGUGGCGUAAGCGCGAACGCAAUGCCAUGAAUGCGGCUGUUGCCGCCGCCGACUUCAAAUCCGGCUUCGGCUCACAGUUUAUGCAACCCUUCGCCGACGACUCGCUCUACUCGUCAUAUCCCUAUAAUAACUGGACAAAAGUGCCCUCGCCGUUGGGCACGAAACCCUUUCCGUGGCCGGUUAAUCCGCUCGGUUCCAUGGUGACCACCAAUCAUCAUCAGAAUUCGGUGAAUUGUUUUAAUACCGGCGCUAGCAGCAUACCUGUCAGCAUGAACAAUUCCAUGUUGCCGGGCACAAUGGGCUCCACGCUUACCAACACAAAUGUCGGUGCUGCACCAUGCCCCUACACCACACCUACAAAUCCGUACAUGUACCGCGCCGCCGCCGAACCCUGCAUGACGUCGAGCAUGUCAUCGAGUAUCGCCACAUUACGCCUGAAGGCCAAACAGCACACGACUGGUUUUGCCAGUCCUUACUCGGCACCAUCGCCAGUGUCGCGCUCCAAUUCGGCGGGUCUGUCGGCAUGUCAAUACACUGGCGUGACUGAUGUUGUCUGAGAAAACGCCCUUGGGGCGCUACUCAAUCAACAUCAACACCAUUUACAUCACUUCUCCGCUAGUAGUGGUGCCGGGGUAUCCUCUCACUCACCCAAUAUAAACAACAAUUUACAUCAUUUGCAUAACAAUAAUAAUAAUAACAACAACAACUUGUUGAAUAACAACAACCUGCUGCUAGAUCAUAACGGUGAUCUGAGCGUGGGUGGUUUGGUGGGCAACGGUACCCACAGCAGUAAAUCGCCACUAGGACAUCAACACAGUGAUAUGGGGGAUGGCAACGGCGGUAAUGGUGGGACAAAUGGGCUGCUGGGGCCAAAUGUCAAUAGCGAUGGCGGCGAAGAGGUGGAAGAGGUGAUUGACUAAAGGUGGCGAAUGUGAAUUAAAUAGGUUGAGUCAAUGUAACUCAAAAAAAAAAAAAAAAAACUAAUAAGAACUUAAAGAAAAACGCACAAUCCACAGCUCUCAAAAUAUUUGAAGCUUAAACGGAUUAAGUGCAUAAAAAUUAUAAAAAAAUAUUUGUUAUUUGUAAAAUAUUGAUCAACUGAAGCCUAUUCAGACGAGUAGUUGUAAGUAAUUGAAUUAAUUGUAGUUAAAAUGAUGAAAAUUUGUAUUUAAAAAGGAAGAAAAAUUAUCUAAAAAUACCCACAGAACAAUAACUAUUUUUAAAUUCAGCCACUGCGGUAACUUAUGUAUUUAAAUAUGUUAAGUAAGAACGCAAGG